UUACCUGGCCGAGCAGUGCUGGAAUGGCGGCUUCGUCUACCUGAUCAUGUUGCGCCGCAUCAAGCGCAAGGCCCCUCUUCCUCCCUCCAACGGCAACAACAGCAACAGCUGCGACCCCAAAGCCAAGCCCGCCCCCGAACCCGGCGACAGAGCCGCUCAGAAUGGGAAAAGGACCAGGAAGUUUGGGGUCAUCACCAGAACACCGGGCAGCAAGGACAGCAAAGAAAAGCCGGGCUCGGAGCACGGAAACGGGCACUGCACCCCGAUGGAGGUGGAGGUUGCUCAGCCAGAGACCUCUGAAGCAGAAAGCAACGGGGACGAGCAGCUGCGGGGCACCGGGGCACAGUACCGGUGCCGGCUGUCAGAUGGUGGUGUGCCAGACCUUGCUGACCAGUCUGCCCAGCGAGAAGGUUGCCGCAUAUGGAAGAUGCACAUCCUGAAGGGGACGAACGGGCUGGGAAUCCAGAUAACAGGAGGCAGAGGGUCGAAGCGGUCCCCUCACAGCAUCAUCGUCACCCACGUGGAGGAAGGAGGCUCCGCACACAGGGACGGCAGGCUGACAGCGGGUGAUGAGCUCCUCAUGAUCAACGGGCAGUCGCUGGUGGGGCUCUCCCACCAGGAUGCUGUGGCUCUCCUUCGCUCAGCCACUGGCCUGGUGCAGCUGGUGGUUGCUAGCAAGGAAUCUGCUGAAGGGGAUUUUCUGAAGUACCCAUCUACCAGUUUGCCAGACUUGCUUAGCACUUGCUCAGUCCAAGACUCUGUCUCUUGCACUGACAAUAAAGAAAAUGAAGAGCCAGAAGAAGAAGAUGUGAAAGGAGUGAAUGUGUCUCCUGAAAAACUGGUCGCUGUAAUGGGAACUGAGAAGUCUCAAGAUGCAGCUUGUGCAGAAGUGUCCAAAGGAAACAACCAGAGUCCAACUCUGGGAAGUGGCAUACUGAAAUACAGAAGUCGAUCACAAGGUGCCGGAUCCCGCCUGGAGUCCGUGGGAGAAGACGAUGAGCUGACAGUGGAAAACGGUGAAUCGAAUUACGAGAUAGCGGUGAAGUAUUCCCGGGGUGGAAGAAAGCACUCUCUGCCCCAGCAGCUGGAGUCAGCAGGAGCCAGGCAGGACUACCAUAUUGUGAAGAAAUCUACUCGUUCCUUCAGUGCUGCCCAAGUGGAAUCUCCAUGGAGACUGACCCAGCCGUCCAUCAUUUCCAACAUCGUCCUGAUGAAAGGGCAAGGCAAGGGCCUUGGAUUCAGCAUUGUGGGAGGUCAGGAUUCUGCUCGUGGACGCAUGGGGAUUUUUGUCAAGACUAUAUUUCCAAAUGGAGCAGCGGCUGCUGAUGGAAGACUUAAAGAAGGAGAUGAAAUCCUAGAAGUUAAUGGAGAGUCUCUACAAGGACUGACCCAUCAGGAGGCCAUUCAGAGGUUUAAGCAACUGAAGAAAGGCGUGGUGACCCUGACGGUGCGCACGCGGCUGCGCAGCCCCAGCCUCACACCCUGUGUGACUCCCACCUUACUGAGCCGCUCCAGCUCCCCCAGCUCCAGCGCCAGCGGGGGCAUGCCAGUCCCCGGCCCCGACGAGGGGGAUGGUUCCUCCUCCAGUCGCAAGGGACCUGGCCCGAAGGACAGAAUUGUCAUGGACGUGACACUCAAUAAAGAGCCAGGGGUUGGGCUCGGCAUUGGUGCCUGUUGUCUCACGCUGGAAAAUAGUUCUCCAGGGAUAUACAUUCACAGCCUGGCCCCAGGAUCUGUGGCUAAAAUGGAUGGCAGAUUAAGUCGGGGUGACCAGAUCCUGGAGGCAGAUUCGGUGAGUCUGCGUCACGCAGCAUUAAGUGAAGCCUACGCCAUCCUGAGCGAAUGUGGCCCGGGUCCGGUCAGCCUGAUCAUUAGUCGGCAUCCCAACCCAAAGGUUUCUGAGCAGGAGAUGGAUGAAGCUAUUGCACGUACUACCCACAGAGAGAGCAAGGAUGCCAGCUCCUCUCACGCCACAGGAGCUGUACAAAAAAGUCCAUCUCCUAGUGUGAAGGCCAAACAAGGAGAGACCUCAUCUCCCCUCAGCUGGACUAUGAAACGCUUCCUGGAGCCAGCAAGCCGGGGAUCUGUCAGCUCCGAGGCAGAGCUGUCCCAGUACUUCUCCCACGACAGUUUGAGCCAGCUCCCGUGUUCUGAUGCUCUGACUGGCUCCUGCAACGAAGAGCAGCUCCGUCAGAAGAACAGAAACAGUUUGUUGGAUGAUGGGUCUCUUCUUCCUGCUGUUAGAGAAGUAACAAUGGCAAAAGCAAAUGGUCUGGCUUCUCCAGUAAGUGGGAGAUCGUCCAGCCUUCACAACAAGCAUGUGGAGUCUGUCCGACCUGGCAUCCUCAGUGACAGCCCCAAAUCUGCUCGCAGCCCCUUUCAUCGACAGAGGAGGGUUGUUUUCUAUGAUGGUGACGUUAGUGAUGAUGAUGAGAGUUCCCACUUGCAAAGAAGCCAGAGGGCCAAGAGUCAGGAGGACACUGGCAUUGUCAUUACAACCUCAUCUGUAGAAAUUGAUGAUGAGAGCCAGGACAGUGAGUCACCUAGAUAUAGUGGCACGGAUACGUCUUCCCCUGUCUUCAGCAACUCUGCGGAGUCUGCAGACAGCACACUAGAGCAGAUUGACUCUCCUUUCUUCCCCAUCAUAGCAUUCGAUUACUCAAGUGUGCCUGAAGUUCGGCUUGGCAGCUUGAGUUUGAAGGAGCUCCGGGAAGCACAACUUGAAUCUAAAAGAUCGCCAAAACUUGAGCACAGGGCAGUCACAAGAGUGAAAAGCAUGAUGAGCACCGAGUGCCGAAGCCUUCAGAGACAGAGGAUGGAGGAGCAUGGCUCCUAUAACAAGCCUGUUGCAAGGACACUCCCUCACAGCAAGAAGUGUGAAGCAUCUGAUGCGGCCAGGCAGGGCCAGGUUGAAAUAGUCACUCUGGUUCGCAAUGAGCAUGAGUCAUUUGGCCUGGAUUUGGAAAUCCAGGCUAUGCCUUUAAAGGUUGUUGUCACAGGGCUGCGGCCAGGUGGAGCAGCAGAAAUGGGAUCAAUGGGAAAGAUGGCUGUAGGAGAUGAGAUUACCACCAUCAACAGUAUCCCAGUCAGCAAGAUGACGUACGAGGAAAUCUGCUUGCUUAUGCAGUGUCUUCCCACAUCCGUAACCCUGGAGAUCCAGAAACCAGCAGCAGCUGUCAGCAGAUUUACAAACCUCAUCCUGUCUCCUGGGGUAGACAGUCAAAAUCAGGCUGAUGUCAACAGUGUUCUGGCAGCUGACGAAGAAGCGAGUGCUGGGAAGCGAGAAGGAGCAGGUUUGCAGAGUGCUGGUGGCGACGGCGGCGCGGAGAGAACAACACCGCCACCUGAUGCCACGAGCAAGGACGUGCAGAGAGGUGCCACGAAGAGCCGCCGCCCCGGGGACUGCGCUGCCGCGAUCCCCGUCACUGAUAUCGAUGACUUGCUCGGCCGAAUGGGUGUCCCCGAGAGCAGGGCUUCCCGCACCCCGUCGCGAGCAGAAAGCCCCCUCCGAGAUGAGUACACUACGAUGUGCUGCUGUGGGACUGACGAAGGCUGUCCCGGGUCUGAGCCACGGCCAGCCAAGGAGGAGCUGCUGGAAAAAGCUGUGAAUUGUGGAGUGAAUGCACAGGGGGUUCUGGGGCUGUCUGUGUUGGACUCCAUUAAUACAGGCAAGAUUUUUACUGUGAAUAAAAACUCUUUAAAUAACUAUUCUAGGAACUUUAGCAGUUUAAAUGAGGAUGAGUUGCCUGUAGCAAACUCUCUGGAAGGCAAGGCAAGCGACCUGUUUCCAAAAUCUAUGUACGGGGCUGCAGAGGAUUCUCACUCGGACUCGGAGUCUGUCACAGAAGUCUUUGACAGUACUAAUGAGGUGUUGCUGGGGCCAUGUGCUGCUGCUGCUGCUAACACCCCUGCAGGCUGUAGUGUAACAGAGUCAGAUGAAGAGCAAAUUGAGAUUUGUUGCAUGAACAAUCAGCCAGAAAAGCCCACACAGGACCAGCAUCUCACAUCUGCAACAAGCUCAUCUUCUCUGUCCCCACUGCACCCUUACGGCAGCAAAGAUUUGCAAACUGAGGGCUGUGCAGCAUGUGGGUUGCUGGAGACAAGCAUCAACAAACUAGGCUUGGAAGAUCAUGGUGGUCCCACUCAACUUUCCUCACAGUGUUCAGAUGUGUCCACUGCAUCCUUGUGUUCUCCUUCCUCAGUUUUCCUGCCAGAAAAAGACAUCCUAAAGAAUUCAGUCAAUAUCCCUGAAGUUUACUCUCUCUGUAACAAUGGUGCCUUAAGUACAGAAGAACAAGUGGGUUUGGGAAACGGACAUAAGAAAUGCUGUGAAUCCACUGAAGAGAAAGGGUCUCUGCACUGCAAAAAGACAAGCUUUUGCUCUGCUAGAAAUGUCAAUGGCUUGGAGAACAACUUGCUUGAGAAAGAAGGAUGCGACAAUGAGCAGAAAUCCAAAUCUGAAAGCGAAACAGUGGCAAGUGACUGUAAUCUUGCUGUUAGUUAUUGCUUAGUGAAGAAAGAAACCAACAGUUUGUCCAACUUGUCUAAAACAGACAGCAAUAAUGUGACUGCAUUGUCAUCAAGAGCAAUAUCACUAAGGUCUCCCUUUCCUACUAGAUCUAAAGAUCCAAAAGCUAAUGCAACUCAUGAUGUGCCAGGGAAAAAUGAGAAAAUUAACUCUGUGACUUCUGGAAGGACUUCAAAUGGAAAAGUCCAAAGCUCAGGCACAAAUCACUGCAAAGGACCUGCAGUACCGCACAGUCCAUCCUCACAGAAAAAGUCCUGUCAGGAUUCUAAGGGAAUGGCACAAAAAAGUAUAAUGGACACUCUUUUAAAUAACCAGAAGGCCAAAGCAGGACCAAAGCUAAAAGGCUUCACCAUCAAAAGCAAAGCAAAGACAAAUUCGGAUUCUUCUGGCAUUAAUCCUACCAAAGUCAGUGGGGCUGAUCAGAAAAGGGCUUCUGUUUCUCCACAACUGUCCCCAAAACUCCAGGGAAAGAAAACACCAUUGCCCCGCAAUUCACCUACAAACCCAGAUCCUGGCAAGAGCAUUUCAGCAGCCUCAAGGACUCUGAAGUCAGAGCUAGAAAAUAAACCAUCUCUGAUCAUUUCUGAAAAUUUACUUCUGCCUCUCCUGAAUGGCAAUGGCAGCCCAACAGCGAGUGGUGAAAUGAAAUGUGGUUGUGGGGAAUUAACAGACCUGCAGCAGGCAUGGGGAAAGCCAAAAGAAAAGCAAGUUUCCGUGCAGCCUGCAGUGUGUCAUGGUAAGAGUAAUAAGGUGGAUGAUUUCAGAGGCAGAAAUGGUCAGUCCAAUGUCAGUUCAUCUCCUCAGGGCAUACCAAAAGUUGAGUAUGUGAAAGGAAGGACUGAGAACCCUGGAACAGGCCUGAACGCAAUCAAGAGCAUCUGUAGCGCAGAUGACUUCAGGCAAUUAGAUCUGCAAAAUGUAGGACCGUCUGCUGGAGGCUGUUCUUUGUUGAGGGCCCCCUCAGUUCAACAGGAGAUCCAGCGCACUUUCAUUGAGGUGAAGCUUUCUUCCUCAUCAUCCUCUUCCUCCUCCUCCUCCACUUCUUCCUCACCAGCAUCGUUUUUGCAUCUGCCAUUACUGGAGAAAACCGAAGAGGCAAACACAGAAGUGCCUCAGCUGAGUGAGGACAUGGAGACCAUGCAGUAUUUCUCAAAAGCAGACACCACUGGAGACAGAAAUCUCUAUGGCUUGUCAAAACCUGUGAUGAGGACUUACUCAAUGCCAGCCCACUUAUCAGGUCACUUGAGGGAGGACUGCCACGUUGCAGAGGUUCACCGUGUACAAGGUUCCCAGGUGCAUGCUGCGGAGGAGAAAUACCCACAGGCAGCAACAGGAAUGUUAAAGAUGCUCCAUCCAAAUCUGCCUAAUGGCCAGGGUGGGAAGGGGCAGGCGUAUACCUCCAAAAGCACCCUGAGUGGCCACGAAAUGUCCUCCUCAGCCAGUGACAUCUGCCCCACUGCUGAUAAGCUGAGGGGCUUCAGAAGGAAUUACUACUACUAUGAGCAUUGGCCACAUGAACCUACCUCAUCCUUCUCCGUCAAACAGAGGAUCAAAUCCUUCGAAAACCUGGCCAAUUUUGACCGGCCCAUUGUGAAGGCCAUCGAUAUACACUCAGCUGUGAG